CACACAAACAGGGUAGCAGAGAGAGCCAGGGAGCAGAACUGCAGCGGCACGAUGGGGAUAUUCUGCCUGCGUGGGCUCUACCGCUGAGGCGUCCGGAGUUCAGCCUCGCGCCCGCUUGUGUGUGUGUGUGUGUGUGUGUGUCUGUGUGUGUGUGAGUGUGUGUGUGUGUGUGUGUGUGUGAGCGUGCCGACGCGUGUGAGUGAGUGGAAGCCCUGCCGGCGCCGCGCGGAGAGGGGAGAGACGACGGGGAGGCGAGGACGAGAAGCGAGGGGGGAGUGUUGACUCCCGUCGGGGGCUUAGAGGAACCUCGCGCCACUGGAUCAGCGGACGCAGAUGUGCAACAACUAUUCCAACUCCUGCCGCUGCCGCUCCGCCUGCGUGCCGCCGCCGCCGCCUCGCAACUUCUGCCAUGGCAUAGCCUCAUCUUCCAGCUCGCUUCUAUUUCACUAAGGAGACGGGCAUGCAUGGGCAUCACCGGGGAUCCGGGCUAUCACAUCCGUCACGUCAGUAAUUCGCAGUCUGAGGAAAAAUGGUGAGCAAGGAGGGUGGCAAAUGCAUGCUCACCAACUCAGAGUCUGACUCGGAGGCAGCGCCCCUGCCCUCCACCUCGCUGGCGCUGGAGGUGAAGUAUUCCCUGGAAGCGAGUCGGCAGGUGAGGAAGAGAAACAAAGCCCUGCAAGUGCGUUUCAAGGACAUCUGCGAGGCGCAGAACGAGCAGAGGGAGGCCGAGUUGCAGGCGGCCGGGAAGAGCGGCAAGCCGAUGUCGUACAAAGUGGCGUAUCGCAAGUACAUGACUGUCCCCGCCCGCAGAUCGAUCCCCAACGUCACCAGGAGCACGGGCGUCCAGACAUCGCCUGACCUGAAGAAGCGCUAUCAGACCUUUCCUUUUGAGCGCAAAAAAGGACACACCUUCAAACACGUGGCCGCUGUGGAAACUUACAAAGGUCAGAACAACGGUUUUGUCGUGGAGGUGAAGCAGUCCGGGCCGGCUGAGCAGGGCUUAGAUGAGGAGGAGGAGGAGGAGGGAGCCUGCGGGGGGAGCGGAGUCCUGAGGACCAGGGCUCUGCUCCAUACUAAUGAGUGCAUUGCCACAGUGGAGCAGCACACUGCACCUGAUGGCCUGUGCUCUGACGCUCUGCUGCUCAGUUGCACUGCAGACACAGAUUGCCUUGCAGACACACCGAGGGGAGGCAGAGCCGGAGCACAGGCGGAGUACCAGCUCUGCAGCGUCCCGUCCAAAGCCCGAACAGGAUUACAACACAGGGAGGCCGACACGGAACGCUUGGCCAAGAGGCAGCUGCUCAAUCUGGAGGAGGGCUCGUCCCGAACCCUGCCGGACAGGGCCUCCAAGGUUACGGGCCCCAUCGCCUGGAACUCCCUCACACAGGUGGAGUGCUUGGACAGUCCGUCGGUGCGCAACAAGCGGAAGAAAGGCCUGCAGCUCAACGGCUUAUCGAGCGAGACUCUGCCGCGAGCCGGCGGAGGCUGCACCACGCAGGUGCAGUGCCACACGGGACAGCUCUCCGCCCGGCCUAUACGGGGCAUGGAGGAGCCUCUGUCGCCCUGCAUGGGCGGCGAGGCCGACGGGGCGCCGGCCGACCAGACACAGGAAGCCUGCAAGCAAAUAGUGCCUAUGAAUCAAGAUGGGGAUGUAAAAGCACAGCUCCAGGCCAUGGAAAAUCUCAUCAGCUCAAGCCAAGAGACCAUCAAGGUGCUGCUGGGUGUGAUCCAGGAGCUGGAGAAGGGAGAGGCCCACAGAGAGGGACUCUCCUAUCGGACCGGACAGGACACGGCCAACUGUGACACAUGCCGGAACAGCGCAUGCAUUAUUUACAGUGUGGAACUGGACUUCAAGCAGCAGGAGGACAAGCUGCAGCCUCUGAUGAAGCGGCUUUGCCCCACGGAGGACGUCUACUUCCCGGCCCUGCCUUACCCCCAGGAGGCCUUCACCUCCACCCCCAAACGAAAGUCCAAAGCCGACUCCAAGAAGCACGCUCGCUGGAAACUGUGGUUCUUGUGAAGAGCGCGCGCUCGUUCACUUCGCCCGUCCGCUGCUACCGACGCACGGGAUCUAAAGCGUCCGCGUGCCCACCGUUUCUCCGCCGCCACCUUGUUUCCAACCGCGUUUCUCGGAUUCUGCUCACCGGUGCUGAUGGAUAAACGAACCCCCUGGAUGUGUGACGGGACGCCGCAGCGGAUUCAGAAAUGUCAGACCGACCAAAAAAAGAAAGAAAAAAAAAAAAGGAUUCCGAAUUAUUUUUGAACUAAUUUCUUCAAACAAGGUGUGAAAUUACACACCGUCCAAACGUAGUUGGAGAUCAGCAAGGUGAGAAGACGAAUUUGAUUUCCAGCCGUCUAUUUGCAUAUAUUUUUCUAGCGGUGGUUACAGCUGUCUGUCUGCAUUUCUAUUUCACACUCGGGACUUUGUUUUUUCCUUCCCGCCGGCCUCCGGGAGAGGCUGGCCGAUCAACCGUAAUCACACACAGCAUAUCACAGUACUGGAAAGCACAAUUAACACUGUUCAGGACACGUUUUCUGCAGAAAAAUAUAUUAAAAAAAAAUGAACUAUUUUGAGUAUCAACUCACACAUGUAGAUCAACCUACCAACUGCGGCAGUUUGAAGACUUUCGUAUUCAUCUUAAGAGGGACGAAAAAAAAACUGUCAAGAGAUGUUUAUCGGAGUUCUUUGAUCAACUUUCUAUCCAUCGCUAAAAUGUCUCCUUGAAUCAACUGACUUUGAAGUAAAGAAUGAAUAAAUAAUACUUAUUUUCUUAAUAACAUUUGCAAACUCAGACAUCAAUGUACAUUUUUUUCUAUAUAAGUAUAUAUAAAGGCCUAUCUACAUUCACGUUAAGGUUCAGCGGAGUCCAGUCAUUUGAGGGGAUUUGCGGUUUAAAGGAAGCAAACGAUUUCUGAUUCUCAGUUCUUCUCCUUCGAAACAAAAUGUAGUUAUAGCUAAUCACUCAUGAAACACAGCAUAAAGAAAAAGACUGAAUCCAUACACCAGAGCAAAGCCACAGAGGCGCGAGAACAACGGUUUCCGCCCCCGAACCCCAGCGGAAUCGAACCUGGUCUGUAGCACAUGUGAGGCGUUGGCGGCGGGGCGCUGUGAUUGUAUCCUCCGCCGGCGACCGGAGCGGCGAGCCAAUCCGAGCCGGGGAGGCUGAAUGUGCCACUUUUCUGAUCACAACCAGGGCUUCUACAGUGCAGGGUGGCAGGCGCGGAGGCUUGCAUGCUUUUUACAACCCUUGGAUUUUUUGCAGAGUAUUUUCUAGCUUUUGAAGAAACUAUUUCUAAAGAGAAUUAAAAAAAAAAGUAUUUUAAUUUCUUCUUUACCCGUUUUUUUCUCUCUUAUUAGCCCCUCUUCAUUGCAUUGCAUCAAUUUGACUAUGAAAAUAAAAAAAAAAACAUCAUAUAGUAACUUUAUACAGGGUUUAAAGACGAUGUACAGCCAAAACAAUACAUACAUUUAAUCUAUAUAGAUAUAUGUUGUAUAGCAUCAAAUAGGGCUAAUACCAUUUUAUGAGUGUGAGAGAAGAUAUUAUUUAAUAGAAGAAAGUAUAGAAAUAUAUAUUAACGACGCCUGCUGGAGCAGGACUGGAAUCACACUGAGAAGCCAAAAACACUGCCCUCAGAAGACAGGUGACGUGCCAAAGUGGUCAAGAGGGCAAAUACGAAACAACAA